CAGUCAACUAGUGAUCAAUCAACUACCUACAUGUAAAUAUAAGUAAAUUAGUAUGGAAAUAUAAGUAAUUAGUAAAUGUAAAAGUAAACUAAAAGUACUUAUAUUAUAUGGAGAAAUCUUAAUGGACCAAUUCAGUAAAUCAUGCCAUCUAUUUGUUAUGAUGUCAUUCUAACAGUGCCACCUAUUGGUAAUGAUGUCAUUCUUACAGUGCCACCUAUUGGUAAUGAUGCCAUUCUUACAGUGCCACCUAUUGGUUAUGAUGUCAUUCUUACAGUGCCACCUAUUGGUUAUGAUGUCAUUCUUACAGUGCCACCUAUUCGUUAUGAUGUCAUUCUUACAGUGCCACCUAUUGCUUAUGAUGUCAUUCUAGCAGUGCCACCUAUCAGUUAUGAUGUCAUUCUCACAGUGCCACCUAUUGGUUAUGAUGUCAUUCUCACAGUGCCACCUAUUGGUUAUGAUGUCAUUCUCACAGUGCCACCUAUUGGUAAUGAUGUCAUAUAAUUUGAUUUUGUUUACAAUCAUUCCUGCCUUCAAAGUAUGACAUCAUAAAUCUAGCCAUUUUACAAUAUUUUCUUUCAUUCAAUAAAAGAGGCCUUGAUUUAUUGGAA